GUUUGACUCAAAGCGAGCAGUGCAGCAGCUCAGAGCCUGUGGAGUCCUGGAGACGAUCAGGAUCAGUGCAGCGGGGUAUCCAUCCAGGUGGACGUACCCGGACUUCUUCAGCCGCUACCGGGUUCUGCUAAAAAAGUCAGACAUGACAUUAGCCGAUAAGAAGCUGGUGUGUAAAAACCUGCUGGAGACGCUCAUCAAGGAGCCCGACAUGUUCCAGUUCGGGAAGACGAAGAUCUUCUUCCGGGCCGGCCAGGUAGCGUACCUGGAGAAGCUCCGAGCCGACAGGUUCCGCUCCGCCUGCAUCCGGAUCCAGAAGACGGUGCGCGGCUGGCUGCAGAGAGUCCGCUUCCUGAAGAUCCGCAAGACUGCCAUCACGCUGCAGAGAUACGGGAGGGGCUUCAUGGCCCGCAGGCAUGCGGACUUCCUGCGGCAGACCCGAGCUGCGCUCAUCUGUCAGAAGCAGUUGCGCAUGGUGAGAGACAGACGGGCUUUCCUGAGGGUGAGACGGGCGGCCGUCACUAUCCAGGCCUUCACCCGCGGCAUGUUCACUCGCCGCAUCUUCAAGGAGUUCCUCCUGCACCACAAGGCAAUGAUCAUCCAGCGGUGCGUUCGAGGCUGGCUACAGCGCAGGAAGUUCCAGCGCUCGCGGGCAGCGGCCAUCACGCUGCAGUGUGCCUUCAGGUGUGUGCGGGCGAAGCGGCGCGUGCAGCAGCUGAAGGUGGAGGCGCGCUCAGCGCAGCACCUGAAGAAGCUCAACAGUGGCAUGGAGAACAAGAUCGUGCAGCUGCAGAGGAAGAUGGACGACAAGUCCAAGGAGCAGCGCUUCCAGAACGAGCAGCUGCUGCAGGUGAACUCCUCUCUGGGCGGAGAGGUGAAGCUGCUGCAGAAGAAGCUGCAGGAGGUGAGCAGCCUGCAGCAGGGCGGGGGGGGGCAGCUGGCCUCGCUGCAUGACGAGCUGCAGAGACUCAGGGAGGAGCUGCAGGAGGCGCAUGCUCUCAGGGGUAAGCUGCAGGAGGAGCAUGCUAACGAGAAGCAGGGGCUAACACAGUGGGUGGAGGAGCUGCAGAAGGAGAAUUCUCUGCUGAAAAGCGAGAAGGAGGAGAUGAACCAGAAGAUCCUGAAGCUGACACGGAGCUCUGCAGGUCAGACACUCACACACUGCUGUAACGUG